AAAAUUCGCCUUAAAUUUUUCCACUCUCCCAUAAGUCCGACCGAAAUGAAGCAGGUUUUAUUUAUCUAAAAGAAAAGUAUAAUCAAUUUUAGUUUAAUUCAAAAAUGUUGUAUCAAAGAGCACUGUGCACGUUGGUCAACACAAAACACACUUUGCCAGCUAUUUCACAAUUCUCGCAAUUGCACUUAUAUUCACCGCGUACUAAUGCUGGGUCUGGGCUAGUUACGGUACAACAACCCAUCAAAAAAUGUAGUCCACUGAUACCACUCAGUUCUACCGCUGCCACUUAUGCCACCGAUGUGUACCAUGCCAAGGCCAGCAAUGAAGAGGGACUCCUGAAGAAAGUCCUCAAGAAAGUCGGAUUUGCCCACAACUCGAAAUCUCGUCUUCGAGUUUGCAGUCACAUUUUAUACGAAAGUGUCGCUGACAAAAUCAACUACCUAAAAUUCUUUGAGUACUUUAAUCUACCGAACACUUUCAACUCCUGGUUCCUGGUCACAGAGCUGCAUGUAUGGAUGCUCCUAGUGCGUGCCAUGGUUGAGGGCCCAGAAGCAGGAGAAGAUGGUCGUUUUCUGCGGAAUGCAAUAGUCGAAGCUAUGUGGAGUGAUGUCAAUACCAGAGCUAAAAAGCUUGGGGCUCAAAAUCCAUCUCGAACUCGGGCACAAAUCGAAACUAUGUCGGAACAAUUUCAAGCUGCUCUGAUAGGCUACGACGAAGGUAUCACGAGCGAUGAUCGUGUUUUAGCUGGAGCCAUUUGGAGACGUUUCUUUGAAAUGAAAUGUGACGACUUUACCAAAUUAGCGACCCUAGUUAGAUAUGUGAGACAGCAAAUCCAUAUGUUGGAUAGACUAUCGAGGGAAGAGUUUCUCGUCAAGCCGAAAAUUCCUUGGUUAGAUCUGGAGAAGGACACUUUAAACAUCAAACCUAAGUGAACAUUUUGAACAAGAGAGGCAGAAAAAGAGAGAGAAAGAUGUGUUUUUUGUUUUAAGGUCAUUUAUCAUUGAUUUUGUUGAAAAUGUUAAAGCUUCUUAAUUUAUUUCUCCUCGAACUCUAGAUAUAUAGGAAGUAAUAAACAAUGCAAAUAUGAAUGUUUUCAAAAGUUACA